AUGAAGCAGCCUAAACACAGCAACGGGAGCUCGUCGAAAGAUAUCCCCAAGAAGGCCACCGGCGGCUUCCACGCCAGAGAUGGUUUAGGCGUCUACAUCGCGAACCCAGAAUUGUAUCCGCCUAGUACUGUGGUAUAUUACAAUGACGAAUUUGUUGUUAUUUAUGACAUGUUUCCCAAAUCUACGCUGCACCUUCUUCUCCUUCCGCGCGACCCUGAAAAGACUCUUGUCCACCCAAUCGAAGCGUUCGAUGACACAGAGUUUCUGGAAAAAGUGAAACAUGAAGUUAAGAAGGUCCGCACUUUGGCUGCCGGCGAACUUCGGCGGAAAUAUGGGAAGUACUCUGCGCGAGAUCAAGAGCGGCGGAAAGCGCUUGAUGCCGAACCACCCGUAGACAGUCUGCCUGCAGGGAGAGACUGGGAGCAAGACAUCAUGUGCGGAAUCCAUGCGCAUCCGUCAAUGAACCAUCUACACGUGCACAUUAUCUCCGUAGAUCGGUACAGCGACCGUCUCAAGCACAGGAAGCACUACAAUAGCUUUAGUACGCCGUUCUUCAUCGAUAUCGAUGAUUUUCCCCUCGCCCGCGACGAUCCGCGAAGGGAUCCCGAUAGGCAGGGUUACUUGCGGAGAGAUUUUAAAUGUUGGCGCUGCGGUCGGGAUUUUGGUAAUCAGUUCACCGCGCUGAAAAAACAUCUCGAGGAAGAAUUCGACGAGUGGAAACGAUUCAUAACCGCGCACAGGUUCGCUAACCUGAUAGGCACCUGA